CUUCGAAACGUUCCCCGAACAAAUGGGGACUUCCUGGCUCCUGCGCUCCAACCUCUCUUCUUCAACAUUCGGACUUCUGAGCUCUCCCUUCUAGGGCACACAUUUCUUAUUCAUAUCCAAGUCUUGACAAUGAAGCGCGAUUUCUACGAAAUCUCCGACGACGAAUGGGAGAACCAUUCCUUCAAGCCUUCUCGAGUUCUGAAGAAAACACAGACUUCUGCUCCGCCGCCGAUCGAGUCCUUUGCUUAUAGGUCUGCUAAGCAAGAGAAUUCUGAUCAAAGUAGCGAUGAUUGCGUCCUAGUGGCAGACAAUUUGGAGGAUGAGGAUGUGGAACUUGAGGAAGGCAAGGCUGGGGCAGUAGUAAAUCGUGGCCGUCGGUUCGUUGUCGAUGACGAGGAGAGCGAUAGGGAUGCUCCGGAAGUGUAUGAAAUUAAGUCAACGGAUGAGGACGAAGUAGAAGAGGACGAAGCGGAUGAAAACGAUGUAGUGGGAAGGGCUUUGUACAAGUGUUCAAAAAUAUCUGCAGAAUUGAAAAGAGAGCUAUAUGGGUCAUCGGGGACUGCUUGCGAUCGGUAUUCUGAGUCAGAAUCUUCUUCAGUGAGGAUUGUAAAUCAGGAUGAUAUUGAUGUGGCAUGCGGGUCUGAGGAUUCUGAUUUUCAGCCCAUCCUCAAGCCGUAUCAGUUGGUUGGUGUCAACUUUCUGCUUUUGUUGUAUCGGAAGGGUAUUGGAGGAGCGAUAUUGGCAGAUGAAAUGGGUCUUGGGAAAACGAUUCAGGCGAUCACAUAUCUAACCUUACUGAAACACCUGCACAAUGAUCCUGGCCCGCAUCUUAUAGUGUGUCCUGCUUCUGUUUUGGAAAAUUGGGAAAGGGAGCUGCAAAGGUGGUGUCCAUCCUUUCCUGUUCUACAAUACCACGGCUCUGGACGAGCAACAUACUUCAAGGAGUUAAGCUAUUUGUCUAAGGCGGGAUUACCUCCUCCAUUUAACGUUCUCCUUGUGUGUUAUUCACUUUUUGAACGGCACAGUGCACAGCAGAAAGAUGAUCGCAGAAUUCUGAAGCGUUGGAAGUGGAGCUGUGUUUUGAUGGAUGAGGCACAUGCUUUGAAGGAUAAAAAUAGUUAUAGGUGGAAGAAUCUAAUGUCUGUUGCACGCAAUGCAAACCAGCGUUUGAUGCUGACAGGGACACCCCUUCAAAAUGAUCUACAUGAAUUAUGGUCAUUGUUGGAGUUUAUGAUGCCAGAUAUUUUUGCUACCGAAGAUAUUGACUUGAAAAGGUUACUGAAUACAGAAGAUGGAGAUUUAGUUGGUCGCAUGAAGUCCAUCUUGGGGCCAUUUAUUUUACGGCGACUAAAAUCUGAUGUGAUGCAGCAACUUGUUCCUAAAAUUCAACGAGUUGAAUAUGUUGCAAUGGAAGUGCAGCAGGAAAGUGCUUAUAAGGAAGCCAUCGAGGAGUACCGUGCUAUUUCACAAGGUCGUAUGGCAAAAUGUUCUGGGCCUAACUCUAACAAUAUUCUUGAAGUUCUUCCUCGUCGACAAAUCAACAAUUAUUUUGUACAGUUUCGGAAGAUUGCAAACCAUCCCUUGUUGAUUAGGCGAAUCUAUAGUGAUGAGGAUGUUAUUCGCUUUGCUACGAAGUUACAUCCAGUGGGUGCUUUUGGCUUUGAAUGUACUUUGGACAGAGUUAUUGAGGAGCUUAAAAGUUACAAUGACUUCUCUAUUCACCGGCUUUUACGUCAUUAUGGUGUCAAUGAUAGAAAGGGUGUCCUUCCAGAUAGAAAUGUUAUGUCUUCUGCAAAAUGUCGGGCCUUAGCAGACCUUCUUCCUUCACUUCAAAAGGGUGGUCAUCGUGUUUUAAUAUUUAGUCAGUGGACAUCUAUGCUUGAUAUAUUGGAGUGGACACUUGAUGUCAUUGGAUUGACCUACAGACGGCUUGAUGGAAGUACGCAGGUAACAGAGAGGCAAACAAUAGUUGAUACGUUCAAUAACGAUACUUCAAUAUUUGCUUGCUUGCUUUCUACGAGAGCUGGGGGACAAGGCUUGAACUUGACAGGAGCUGAUACUGUUGUAAUUCAUGACAUGGAUUUCAAUCCACAGAUUGAUAGACAGGCAGAAGAUCGUUGUCAUAGGAUAGGUCAAACGAAGCCUGUAACUAUUUAUCGGCUGGUGACUAAGGGUACGGUUGAUGAAAAUGUAUAUGAGAUUGCAAAAAGAAAGCUUGUAUUGGAUGCUGCGGUCCUUGAAUCUGGCAUGGAGAUGGACGAUAAAGGUGACAUGCCUGAGAAGACCAUGGGAGAGAUAUUGUCUGCAAUUUUAUUGGGUUAAAGUAUGGAAGACAAGAAGAAAAUUUUCCCUUCUUGCCUCCCAAAGUUGACACUCCUAGUUUUUCAGAACCAUCCCAAGAGGUAGGGGAAAGAGGAUUGGUAACCCUGAUAAAUUGGUGAGAAAAUCACAAGGUGUACAUUAACAUUAAUCUAUAGAUGGCACAUGAUUAGUCAUGUUUUGAGUAUCAAUAGGAGAAUGAGUAUGAAUAUCAUUGUAAUGAUUAACCACUGUAUUGCACUCAUUUUUCUUGAAGCCCCAAAGGGCAGAAGUUGCUUGAGUUGUUGUCUGAUCGCAAUAGUGGAUGUUGUUAACUAAUAGCAACGUUUAAGUUUAUUUGAAGCUGCAGAUUUUUCUGCUCCAUAUGUUUUUACUCAUGAUGUUAAGUUCAAAGUUCAGGAGCAGCCAAUCUAAUUUUAAUUGUAUUGCUUUCACAACCAGUUGUAUGUAUUCUGGGUAUUUUAUGAGAUAUUAGAUUUUGAUUA